AUGGUCAGUGAAAUCAGCAUGACUAAUAUUGAAGUUGUCAGUACCAAAGAAGACUGCCUUGACAAUUUAGAAGGAUAUUUUAAUGCCGUUAACACAUUAAUGCGUGAAAUUCGUUCUUUACUUGAACAGCUAACUGGUAUGCUUAAAAUACAAGUCUACCGUGAAGAGAUACGUGGAAAGAUCUUGAAACAAGCUUCAAUUCAAUUCUCAGCUCUUCAAAGAAAUGAAGAAGAGAUGGCAAGCCAUAUUGUCAAAGACGAAGAGGACAUCGCAAAAUUAGGAGAAACUGAAAAGAACUUUGCGAAGAGAUUCAAUGUAGACGAAUCUGAACUUAAAAGGUUUGAAGAUUCCGUCGAAAAGAGAUUAUUCCAAAUGGAAGAGAAAAUGAACUCAAAGGACACCAACAUUUCUGGGUCAAAAUUCCCAUCGCUACAUGAGAUUUUGGCCAGAGUGGGAAAGCACUUUCCGCACUUAAUCAUCUAUGGGAGCCAUGGAUUGCUUACAAAUUGCAACAAGAAUUAUAGUGACGUUUCAUUAUCAAUCACUAACGACACAACUCUGAAAGAGGAACAUCUUGAAGACCCGGCUCGUACCAUAAUGAACAUACAAGAUCUAUUAACUGGAGAACAUAUUCGUUUUCAAGACUUGAGAAACUUCCUAUAUUCCUGCAGCCAGGAUGAUACUUGUAGUUAUCUUACUGAUCUACGAGGAUUGAUCGUGGACUGA